UCUGUCAUUUUCUUCAAUUGUUUAUUUAUAACAAAUAAUAAAGUGAACAGAAAUUCGAUUUUAUAAAACUGACUACUGAGUAUACCGGAGAGGAAUUUCCAGCUAUAGUAAUAUUUCAACCAUAGCAAUUUUAACAAAUAAUAACUAUAGAAGCAAAAUGUUGCGUAUUCCUACUAUUAUAAAGAGUAGCGCUGCACAUGUUAAAAUACACAAUUUAGGAUCCCGUCGUCAUUACGCUAAAGAAGUAAGGUUUGGUCCAGAUGUACGAUCAUUAAUGCUACAGGGUGUAGAUGUUUUAGCUGAUGCUGUAGCUGUUACAAUGGGUCCCAAAGGACGCAAUGUAAUAUUAGAACAGUCGUUUGGUACGCCAAAAGUAACCAAAGAUGGCGUGACAGUUGCAAAAAGCAUAGAGUUAAAAGAUAAAUUUCAAAAUAUUGGAGCUAAAUUGGUUCAAAAUGUGGCAAAUAAAACCAAUGAAGAAGCCGGUGAUGGAACGACAACUGCAACUAUUUUGGCACGAGCAAUAGCAAAGGAAGGAUUUGAAAAUAUAUCUAAGGGAGCCAAUCCUAUUGAAAUAAGAAGGGGUGUAAUGCUAGCAGUUGAUACUGUUAAAGAAAAAUUAAAAGAAAUUUCGAGGCCUGUCAGUACUACGGAAGAAAUAGAACAAGUUGCUACGAUAUCUGCAAAUGGCGAUAAGUCAAUAGGAAAACUAAUAGCCGAGGCAAUGAAUAAGGUUGGAAAAAAUGGAGUUAUUACUGUAAAAGAAGGCAAAACUUUGGAAGAUGAAUUGGAAAUUAUAGAAGGGAUGAAAUUUGAGCGUGGUUACAUCUCACCAUAUUUCAUAAAUUCGUCGAAAGGCCCUAGAGUCGAAUAUAAUAACGCUUUAAUACUUUAUUCGGAAAAGAAAAUUUUUACUGCGCAACAAAUAGUUCCUGCAUUAGAAAUAGCUAAUUCUCAAAAGAAACCGCUAAUUAUUGUGGCAGAAGACAUAGAGGGUGAACCACUUUCAAUGUUAGUUGUAAACAAGUUAAAAAUAGGUCUGCAAGUCGCAGCUGUUAAAGCCCCUGGUUUUGGAGAUUACAGAAAAAACUCACUAAUUGAUAUGGCUACAGCUACAGGUGGCGUAUUGUUUGAAGACGACGCUAAUUUAAUCAGACUAGAAGAUUGUCAGUUGGAUAGUUUAGGAAAUGUUGAAGAAGUUGUUAUCACUAAAGACUCUACUUUAUUGUUGAAAGGUAAAGGACACAAAGACGAAAUACAACAACGUAUUGAGGAAAUUCGAGAGGAGAUAGAUUCUAAUACUAAUGAAUAUGAGAGAGAUAGGUUGUUAGAACGAUUAGGAAGAUUACAGUCGGGGGUAGCUGUUUUACUAGUUGGUGGUUCUAGUGAGGUAGAAGUAAAUGAAAAAAAAGACAGGUUCAACGAUGCACUGAACGCUACAAGAGCUGCAGUAGCUGAAGGAAUCGUACCUGGGGGUGGAGCAGCGUUACUAAAAUGCAUACCUACCCUUGAAAAUUUACAGCCGAUAAAUUCCGAUCAAGCUAUUGGAAUUAAUAUCGUUAAAAAAGCUUUGCGCACACCGUGCCUUACAAUUGCGUACAACGCCGGAUACGAUGGGUCUGUAGUAGUAUCAAAGGUUGAAAGUUUAGGUCAAGAUUUUGGUUAUGACGCUUUGAAUAAUGAAUACGUUAAUAUGAUAGAAAGAGGAAUAAUUGAUCCCACAAAGGUGGUUAAAAGAGCUUUAAUCGAUGCAAGUGGUGUGGCUUCCCUUCUAACGACUGCUGAAGCAGUUAUUUGUGAUCUUCCGAAGACAAAAGAAACGCCUCCAUCUCCUGAUCUUUCUGCGUUAGAAUCUUAUUGAUUUUGUUUUAUUUUUGAUAUUUUUCAGUAAAGUUUGUAAACUUAU